AAUAAUCAAUACAUUUUCAAAUGUCACAGCAUCAUGUGCCAGUUACAGCAUUUUAGUUCGCUGUCUGGAUGUGAAACAGUUACUGCGGCAGAAAAAGGAGGGGUUUUCAUUUGUUGGCGCAAUUCACCUGUUCUCCUGCAGAGGCAGAGUAUUUAGUUUGGUGCAUCACCAGAUCUGCCUCAGACACUGCACCCCUCAGACGCACACACUGCUCCGGCUUGUCUCAUUACAUUGCAUAAUAUUGACAAGCAAUCAUGCGUGAGUGCAUCUCUAUCCACGUCGGUCAGGCUGGAGUCCAGAUUGGCAAUGCCUGCUGGGAGCUUUACUGCCUGGAACAUGGGAUCCAGCCUGACGGACAGAUGCCCAGUGACAAGACUCUGGGAGGAGGAGACGACUCGUUCAACACCUUCUUCAGUGAGACUGGAGCUGGAAAGCACGUCCCCAGGGCAGUGUUUGUGGACCUGGAGCCCACAGUCAUCGAUGAGGUGCGCACUGGGACCUACCGCCAGCUGUUCCACCCUGAGCAGCUGAUCACUGGCAAGGAGGAUGCUGCCAACAACUACGCCCGUGGACACUACACCAUCGGCAAGGAGAUCAUUGACAUCGUGCUGGACCGGAUCCGCAAACUGGUGGGUAACUUUACAAUUAGAGAGAAACAUUUCGAAACAAAUUCAAAAUAUCAAAUUGAAUUGUUGAAUUUUUAUCUCUUAUUUGUUUCUCCCUAUCUCCAGGCUGACCAGUGCACCGGUCUCCAGGGUUUCCUGGUUUUCCACAGCUUUGGUGGUGGCACCGGCUCUGGUUUCACCUCCCUGCUGAUGGAGCGUCUGUCCGUCGACUACGGCAAGAAGUCCAAGCUGGAGUUCUCCAUCUACCCAGCUCCCCAGGUGUCCACCGCUGUGGUGGAGCCCUACAACUCCAUCCUGACCACCCACACCACCCUGGAGCACUCUGACUGUGCCUUCAUGGUUGAUAACGAGGCCAUUUACGAUAUCUGCCGUAGAAACCUCGAUAUCGAGCGCCCCUCUUACACCAACCUGAACAGGUUGAUCAGUCAGAUUGUGUCCUCCAUCACUGCCUCCCUUCGCUUUGAUGGCGCCCUCAAUGUUGAUCUGACAGAGUUCCAGACCAACUUGGUGCCCUAUCCCCGUAUCCACUUCCCUCUGGCCACCUAUGCCCCUGUCAUCUCUGCUGAGAAAGCUUACCAUGAGCAGUUAACCGUGUCAGAAAUCACAAAUGCUUGCUUUGAGCCAGCCAAUCAGAUGGUGAAGUGUGACCCACGCCACGGUAAAUACAUGGCCUGCUGCCUUUUGUAUCGUGGUGAUGUCGUUCCCAAAGAUGUGAACGCUGCCAUUGCCACCAUCAAAACCAAGCGCUCCAUCCAGUUCGUGGACUGGUGCCCCACUGGUUUCAAGGUGGGCAUCAACUACCAGCCACCCACUGUAGUUCCUGGUGGAGACCUGGCCAAGGUCCAGAGGGCUGUGUGCAUGCUGAGCAACACCACUGCUAUUGCAGAGGCCUGGGCUCGGCUUGACCACAAGUUUGAUCUGAUGUACGCUAAGCGUGCCUUUGUGCACUGGUAUGUGGGGGAGGGUAUGGAGGAGGGAGAGUUCUCUGAGGCCAGAGAGGACAUGGCUGCUCUGGAGAAAGAUUACGAGGAAGUUGGAGUUGACUCCAUUGAGGGUGAGGGAGAGGAAGAGGGAGAGGAAUAUUGAGGGACAAAAAGGCAUUAGUUAACAUGAUUCAAUUGAUUCUAAAAAUAAAUGUUUAACUAUCAAUUACAAGUUUGGCUGUUCAGAGUUAGCGAUCCUGAAAAAUCUGUUGACUCUGUUCUUAAUAAAUUUCCUACAACAUA